GCCUGACCCACUGUGCUGUAGGAAUCUCUCUAUGUCCCUGAUCACCACAGACAAGAUCUUGGUGCUGGAACACUCUGAGAUUCUGACGCCAUGAAGAAGCACCUGGGCACAUGGGGGCUGGCGGUCCUCUGCAUGCUGCUAGCCAGCCACCUCUCCGCGGUCAAGGCAAGGGGCAUAAAACACAGGUUCAAGUGGAACCGGAAGGCCCUGCCCAGCAGCAACCAGAUCACCGAGGCCCGUGUGGCUGAGAACCGCCCAGGAGCUUUCAUCAAGCAAGGCCGGAAGCUGGACAUCGACUUCGGAGCAGAGGGCAACAGAUACUACGCGGCCAACUACUGGCAGUUCCCGGAUGGGAUCCACUACGAAGGCUGCUCUGACGCCAAUGUGACCAAGGAGAUGCUGGUGGCCAGCUGCAUCAACGCCACCCAGGCGGCCAACCAGGCUGAGUUCUCCCGGGAGAAGCAGGAUAGCAAGCUCCAUCAGCGAGUCCUCUGGCGGCUGAUCAAAGAGAUCUGCUCCACCAAGCACUGUGAAUUCUGGCUGGAACGGGGAGCUGCGCUGAGGGUCACUGUGGACCAACCAGCAAUGGUCUGCCUGUUGGGUUUCAUUUGGUUCAUUGUAAAAUAAACAAUGAGGCUAGCAGCCACAGAGGUGAACUGGUGGGCAAAGGUGGACAGUGGUACCCUAGUUCUCACUCUCUAGCCCCCACGUGUCAUGAAGGUACCAGCGUGUAGCAAUUCAUGGCAUUUCAAAAGUCCCUCCCAAGUACGCGUCCUCCCAACCAUGUGUUUAAUACGGUGUUUCAGUGCUUUUGCAACUCCGCUAGGUGAUAGACCAGGGAAAGAACACAGAAACCGUGCUGCGCACUGCACCUCAUCUCCCAGCUCGUGGAGGUAGCCAGGAAAACUAGGCUUUCCGUUGCUGAAGUCAACCCCCCCCCCCAAUACAGACAGGAAGCAGCAGAGCCGGGGUUCUCCUGGUCUGUCUCCCCUCAGGUUUUCUGCUCUGUGUAGCCCAGAGCUAUCUCAUGAUCGCUUCCGGACUCACAGGUCCAAGUCCGGGUUUGUGUGUGGAGUGGGAGUCCCUGAGCAGCAACUAUGCACCUUGACACCUUCCAGUAAGACUGAAAUAUUACAAAGACGUUAAACUAAGUAGGCCACUACACUAGACAAAGGUUCAGAAAUCAAACUGCGGGGAAAUAUGCCACUCACCUCCCAGAGAGCAAGUUCGGGGCAGGCUGUGUUUGUGGUGCCGAGAUUCUAGUCCACAAGGAUUGGUGUUUGCUGCUCUGGUCCCUGCAAUGAUCUGCAGAGUUAAUGAACCCCUUGUAAAUGACAUGUUUGCGGCUUUGUUUUUUAUUUCUUUGCUCUGUUUUUCUAGAUGGGAAUCUCUCUAGGUAACCCGGGUUGGCCUCAAACUCACAGUCUUCUGGCCUCUGCCUCCUGAAUGCUGGGAUUGCAGGCAUGCCGCCAAGCCCAGAUGCUUGUUUACUUCUGAUGCCCCCCUGGUCCUGUGGGUGUGUUCUUAGGUAUCCUGUGAGCAUCUUUAAAUACACUCCCUUUGUACAGAGUUCUUCGUAAGCUAUCAGUUUUUGAAAUCACUUUGGUAAGGGUUAGUCUCCGUGAAUCAUUUAAUACUCCAAAAAUAUAAUUACUGGUCAAAGAGCUUAAGGGAAUGGUAUUUUUCAAGAGACUCAAUAAAGAAUUUGUCAUCACAGGAAUCGAUAUACUGUUCUACCACUCUGAAGGUAAAUAUAUAUUAAAAUAUGACUAUUAUUUAAAAUUUUUAAAAAUCUAACUCUUUUAGUUUCUUUCACAGGCCCUCCUCCCCUUUUGGGGCCCCCGGGAUUUGCUGAGUAUCGGGGUGUAUUAUCUUUUAAAAGGAGCAACAUCUGUGAGGAGGGGUGGGGUGGGGAACACACGUGUAUUGUCAAAGGGUUCAUCCGCAGCACUUCAGAACAACGUGACCACUGAUAUCAGCACCUCGUGUGCCCAGUUCCCACUGCUAUCGGGUCUUCUCAAGGACACCUCUGGGGAGCUUCCCGUGGUAACGGGGUGUGAGGCGGAGAGCCCAAGGACACACAGCCUUCCACUGGACAUUCAACCAGUGGUCAGACAGCGCAGAGAAACCAGCCUGCGGCAGCAGUGCCCUGCCAGCCCAACACGCCUCCUCGGCUCCCACUGUCGACUAAUCCUAAACCAGAGAGCAAGGAGAAGCCCUGAACACAUGCCAUCUUCACUAUCGGGUAAUAAAGAAAGAAUGGUUCUUAGACGGUGGUGUUGGUGUGCCGUCAACUCCUGGCUCAAGGCUUAGUUAUCAGGGUGGGCACACAAAGCUGAUGGCAAUCAACUUCCUUCUGAUAUUAAAAGCUCAGACUGGACGUAGUCCGUGUUCCGUGAUCACUGUGUCCUCUCAUGCCGUUGGUUGUAACACCAGCGCACUGAAUCGCGACAGUUCACAUGUGAUCUGAUUGCAAAUUUUGCUUCUUUAUUUUUUAGCCAAGACGCCCUUGCUCUCCCUGCUCAGAAUGAGAACCUUCGAGUCUGGCUUUGUCUUCGCCGAGAGUUUACUUACUGGCUCCCCAUUAAGAACAGGGCCCCUUAAGGCACUUCUAGAUUAUUCUGGUAGUGACUUGACAACAUGAACGAUUUUACCAACCAUUGCUUUCUUAUCCCUUCCAUGUGUUACCAAGUUAGGGUGUGUGUGUGUGUGUGUGUGUGUGUGUGUGUGUGUGUGUGUGUGUUGUAGACCUGCUGCACAAACUGGAGCAGAGCGGAAAGCAGCUGUGCUUCAGGUCCAAUUCUGUCAGUGCUGUCUGCCCUUCUCACUCCCUGGUCCUUUACUCAUUCGCAAAUGCAAAUGCAGAAAUUUGCAGUCCUAAUGGAGGCGCUGGAUACCAGAAAGCUUUCUUUAACCUCAGUUGUUGCUUUCUGUCCAUUUUUAAAUGACUUUUGUUUUCCUGUUUCUCCAGCCCCACCCUCUCCUUUCUACCCUGGUUUGAGGUGUGAACCCCUUUGCUGUUUUAAAUAUAAAGACAACGGUUUUGAUUUUGCUUCGUUACAACCUUUAAAACACUACAACCUUGUGUGUGAUUUUGUUUCUCUGCAGUUUACCUUCCUGACUAAUAGACUGCCAUUGAGUCCCCGGACCGAUAUCUAACUAGGUAACAUGCCCUUCUGGGCGACCGUGAGA